AAGCAAUCAGAUUUCUCCAAGAGCAUCAGCGGAAUCUGCUCCGAAGCUCUUUAGAUUUCUCCCGCAGGAGCGAGUUGUAACUCAGCACGAGUUGCGCGGAAUUUGAGCCUCCAUGGGCCUGGUGGACAUGGACUCCAUGGCCGCCGCGAUCGGCGUCUCCGUCCCAGUCCUCCGCUUCCUCAUCUGUUUCGUCGCCACGAUCCCGGUCUCGUUCCUAUGGCGACUCGUCCCGAGUCGACUAGGCAAGCACAUCUACUCGGCCGCGUCGGGGGCUUUCCUCUCCUACCUCUCCUUCGGCUUCUCCUCGAAUCUCCACUUCCUCGUCCCCAUGAUGAUCGGGUACGCUUCCAUGGCGAUUUACCGGCCCAAGUGCGGCAUCAUCACGUUCUCCCUGGGGUUUGCUUAUCUCAUUGGAUGUCAUGUCUAUUACAUGAGUGGAGAUGCUUGGAAAGAAGGAGGAAUCGACGCGACUGGAGCCUUGAUGGUGUUAGUGCUGAAAGUCAUUUCGUGUGCAAUAAAUUACAAUGAUGGGAUGUUGGAGGAGGAAGGUUUACGUGAAGCUCAGAAGAAGAACCGUUUGAUUCAGAUGCCUUCACCGAUUGAGUACUUUGGUUACUGCCUCUGCUGCGGCAGCCAUUUCGCUGGCCCGGUUUAUGAGAUGAAAGAUUAUCUUGAAUGGACCGAAGGGAAAGGGAUCUGGGCUAUUGAGAAAAGAAGGUGGCCGUCACCUUAUGGAGCCACAAUCCGGGCUCUUUUACAAGCAGCGAUUUGCAUGGCUUUGUACCUGUAUUUAGUGCCUCAUUUCCCGUUAACUCGGUUCACUGAUCCGGUUUACCAAGAAUGGGGAUUCUGGAAAAGAUUAGGUUACCAAUACAUGUCUGGCUUCACUGCUCGUUGGAAGUAUUACUUCAUCUGGUCCAUUUCCGAGGCUUCUAUUAUCAUCUCCGGUUUGGGUUUCAGUGGUUGGACCGAUUCUUCUCCACCGAAGCCAAAGUGGGACCGUGCCAAAAAUGUUGACAUUCUUGGUGUUGAACUUGCUAAGAGCGCGGUUCAGAUUCCGCUUGUGUGGAACAUACAAGUCAGCACGUGGCUUCGUCACUAUGUGUAUGAGAGACUCGUAAAGAGUGGGAAGAAGGCGGGUUUCUUCCAGUUGCUAGCCACGCAAACCGUCAGUGCUGUUUGGCAUGGACUAUAUCCGGGGUACAUCAUAUUCUUUGUUCAGUCGGCUCUGAUGAUAGCUGGUUCAAGGGUUGUAUACAGAUGGCAACGAGCCAUUCCUCCGAAGAUGGAUAUACCGAGGAAGAUGACGGUUUUAGCGAACUUCCUCUACACAGUGUUGGUACUCAACUACUCGUCCGUCGGUUUCAUGGUGUUGAGUUUGCACGAGACGAUAACUGCGUACGGGAGUGUAUACUACGUGGGAACGGUCGUGCCCGUUUCCGUGAUCCUCCUCGGUCAUGUCGUCCCUGCCAAACCUGCAAAGGCACGUAAAGAAGAAUGAGGUGGGUUCCCUGUUUGAAUGUUUUUAUGUCUCUAUAACUGAGCUGUUAUUGUAUACAGACAUUAGAAACAGGGUUGUUUUAACUUACAUAUGUUCUGUCCCAAUUUCUGCAUUUGCUCU